CUCUUCUUCAAACGGAUCGCUCGCUCGUUCGCUUUGGUGGUUCACUUCGCUCGUUCCCUCGCACAACUACAGUUAUGGAUGAUUCACAUGCAAGGGAAAAUCGUGAACAAGAGGAAAAUGACUAUUGGGAUCUUGUGUCAAUCACAGGAGUUGCAAUUUUUUAUCAAGCAACAUACCUUUGCAGACAACCUUGCAUGACCUCAACUUAUACAGGUUAUGCAUGGUUAAAAGAGUUGAUGGGCGAAGAUGCGAAUCCUAUAAGGUGCUAUAAUAUGUUUAGAAUGCAUAAGGUUGUAUUUAAUAAUUUAACCCGUGACUUAGUAGCAUGCUAUGGUCUUGAAGGGUCUAGAAAUACUGAUGUUGCAGAAAUGGUUGGUAUGUUUCUUCAUAUUUUGGGACACGGUAUAGGCAACAUGUUAGCACAAGAGCGCUUUCAGCGCUCCGGGGAAACCAUAAGUAGGUACUUUAGCUUAGUUUUAGAUAAAGUAUGUGAUAUGGGAAAAGAUUUGAUUCAGCCAAUCGAUCGAGAAUAUAGGGAAGUUCCCGAGAAAAUCAAGAAAGAUCGACGAUUUUUUCCAUAUUUUAAGGAUUGCAUUGGAGCUAUUGAUGGUACACAUAUCCCAGCGAUGGUACCUACGUACGAUCAAAUUCGUUUUAUUGGUCGAAAAGGAAUGACGACUCAAAAUGUGAUAGCCAUAUGUAAUUUUAAUAUGGAAUUUGUCUAUGUAUGGGCCGGUUGGGAGGGACAAGCUCAUGAUACACGUAUCUUCUAUGAAGCCAUUGGAAGACCUGAUACACAUUUUCCCCAUCCUCCUCCAGAUUCGUUAUUUAAUGGUUUAGUUACAUCCAUAUAUCUAUGUGGCAUAUGUUGAUUAGAUUUACAAUAUAUUGGUGUAGGUAAAUAUUACUUGGUAGAUGCUGGAUAUCCAAAUCAUAUGGGUUAUUUGGGGCCAUAUAAAGAAGUUAGAUAUCAUU